CGCAUGUGUGUGUAUUUGUGUGAAGGGGGGGAUGGCGGAGGGAGGCACUUCCUCCCAUUCUUCUGCUGCUGAAGAGUUCCCAUGAGCGCCCCUGCCAGGAGCUACAGUGUGGCCUGAGCAGGCCCCAGCGCCAGUCUCGCCUGCAUGACGCCGCCACACACUCACACAGCUGAUCUCAGGCAACUCCUGCAACUUCUGCUGUUCGGGGCCAACAGAGCGGGGAGCUGGACGUCGGCGACGGGGACGGAGCGAACGCGAGAAGAUAAGAGACGGAAGAUAAGGAGGCUCGACUGAAGUUUCGAGGCAUGGGAACGGAAUGAAGCUGAGGCUGUGAAUGAAAUGAAAUGACAGGUACAGACUGAAAGCAUUGAUGACUGGAGUCAUUACAAACAGACCUUGAAUGGAAAAAGUGCAACUGGACGUCAGUGGGAGAUUGAAUUCUUGGAGGAGGGGGAAGAGAAUUGAAUCGAGACUCAUUUGGGAGAAAGCUGAUGCAAAGUGAAGAGCGGCUUGACUGAAAAGAAAGAAACCUCCAAGGACAGUUUGCGUUAAACUCGACAGAUUGCCAUUUGCUUCGCUUGCGAGGUGAGAAACGACAUCGCCACCCAGAUCCGCCUGCAAGACUAAAGCCGACCUCCGGGCAGCUGUCACUUUCGGACAUGAUCCACAACACUCUGAAGUCCACCCAGCCGCCGGAGCACAGCCCCAGGAGGACGCACUCGGCCGCGCAGAGGAAGCUGUGGCGGUACUCGGGCUGCCGGGGAGCGGGCCAGGUGGAAACGCAGCGUCGCAGCGUGUGCGUGUUGUCCGCGGACUUGAACGCGGGAGAGGGAGGAGGAAGAGGAGGAGGAGGAGGAGGAGGAGGAGGUGGAGGUGUGAUGCACACGAUCCACGGCCUGUGUCACCUCUGCAUCGGAUGUAGGCUGCCUCAGGUGACUAUCCUUCGAGGAAAGGAUGGAUAUGGAUUCACCAUCUGCUCGGAUUCCCCCGUGAGAGUGCAGGCUGUUGAUCCAGGGGGUCCGGCAGAUCUCGCUGGUCUGCAGCAGCUGGACACUCUCCUGCAGCUAAACGGUCAGCCUGUGGAACAGUGGAAAUGUGUGGACUUAGCGCAUGCUAUAAGAAACAGCGCCAAUGAAAUCACAGUGGUGGUGUGGCGCACGGGCCCCUCAGCCAAGCCCAGUUUCGAGGGCCUCAUCCACCGGCCCUCCUACAAGCCCUCCACGUCGAACUACGACGCGCCCUCGCCGCCGACCCGCCGGCGGGCGCCCGACGUCGGCGCGAGUAAGACGCCCCCGGCCGUGCCGCCCCUCCCGGCCCAUCACCGCGCCACCGCCGCCCGCCGGCUCCUGGUCAACGGCUCGGAGGCCGGCAACGGCGGCGCCCUGGGCGUGGGCACCCUGGCGUGGGGGGCCCAGGGGGGGUCGGCCGAGGAGUUGGACGGGAAACCGCGACUCCUCCACCACCCUCACACCGCCACGCUGAAAGGGACUAGGGUGAAGGCGUCGAACGGGGACAACUAUAUCAUCCUGGCGCCAAUCAACCCUGGAAGCCAGAUCUUGAGGCCUGUUUACCAAGACAACCAGGGGACUCUAGCUGCCAGAUUAUACAAACAGACUUCUGUUCCACAGCCCCAGAAUAGUGGUGGUGGUGGUGGUGGUGGUGCUUUUUCUGGAGGUAUGAGUGGAAGCGGAGUAGGUGGCGGAGGUGGAGGUUUCUCCAGCUGUACUGGUUUCCUGCGUCGGUCGAACAACUCCAAGGCAUCAAAGGGGUCAUCUACCUCCGCCGGCCCGGGCCUGGCCAACUACCAGCAGCAGAACGCCAACUUCGCCAACUACCAGAACUGCACGAUCGUGCGCUCGCACACUCCGCACGCCAACUAUGGAUACGUCAAAGUGGCACCCAAGAUUCUUAUCUUCCCCAUAUUUGUUCAGCCUCUCGACCUGUGCAGCCGAACGCUCAUCAUAUCUGAGGAGAUGAUUCUACACGAGAGCAAGCACCACUCUCUCAAGGUUACGGUGUUUGUCUACAAUGACCUGAUGCUGGUGACGAGAGAAAAUGAGCCAGGCAGGUGUAACGUUCUUCAGAGCCCCCUUUACCUCCGGCAGCUGCGGCUUCAGGAUGAUUACGCUGAAGAGCUGAGAUUCUACCUUAUUCACAUGACGGAGAAGUGUGACUGCCUGCUCAGCCUGGAAGCCUACUCGGCGGACCAGAAGCGCCGCGUGUGCCAGUGCCUGAAGGACAACAUCGACAAGCAGCUCCAGCUUCACAGGAGGGAGCCCCCCGUCACGCACUUCGAACAGAUGUUGGAGCCUAAGGUGGAUGCGCCUUCGUGUGAGCUGGGCGGAGUGGGAGGAGAUCGAGGUGGCGUGUGCCUCCACCUGCCCCAACGAAGCUCAGAGGGCGAGGAAAGCAGCCUGUAUCCUUCCAGUCCCUCAGAGCCCCCAACGCUGGGCAGCCCUCACCCCUCGGAGCCCCUCACCCCUUUGGAUGAGAUCUACAUGCCUAUCGGAGGUCUUAUGGGAUCUCAGGAGCGGCACAAGGUGCCCCCCACACCGCCUCCCUCCACGGAGGGCGAGGAUUGCAAGAGCAUAGAAGGCCACGAGAUGGAGAUCUGGAGAGAGAUGGUGGAUGAUGAGAAGAAGCGGCAGGAGGAGCUGGAGGAGGACGGAGCCAGUAGAAAGAGUGCAGGAAGUGACGGGGAGGACAAAGAAGAAGGAGGAGGAGGAGGAGAGGACGAAGGAGACAGAAAUAAUGAGGAGGUCAACCUAAACCUGGUUGUGUCAAACACGGACGAGGACAAUGUCUCCGAGCCGCCGGACACCAACGCCCCCCCUUCGUCUUCCUCGUCCUCGUUCGUCAUCCCCGAGCUGCGCCUCGACCGCUCCUUCAGCGCCGACGCCCUCUCCUCCCCCAACACCGACGAAGAAGAGUACGACGAGGACGACGACGAGGAGUCCGAGGAGGAGGACGACGAGGACGACAGCGACGACGCCUACCUGCAGCGCACCGACAGCAAGCGGCGCAGCAUGGUGGAGGGCGCCACGUGCGAGAAGCACGGGGGCGGUGGCCUCAGCGUGCAGAACUCCCUCCGCAGGCGCACCCACAGCGAGGGCAGCCUCCUGCAGGACCCCCGAACGCCUUGCUUCACCUCCGACAACGCCAUCAACUGCCUGGAGGCAGGGGGAGCGCACCACAAGGGCGGCUGGACGCUCCCGUCACCCAAAACCCUGAAGAAGGAGCUCACCAAGAACGGAGGCUCCAUGCAUCAGCUGUGCAUGCUGUUCUCUGGGAGGAAGCUGAGCUCCGGAUCCCCCUGUAGCUGCGAGGUCAGCCCUGACGGAACAAAGAAGAAGAAAUCUAAGAACCUGGCCAAAGACAUGAAGAACCGGCUGGCUUUCCUGCGGAGGAGGAACGAGUCCCCAGGAAGCAACCCAGCCACCAAGCUAGACAAAUGCAUGAAGUCAGUCAAGCCCACUCCGGAGGAGGCACUGAAAUGGGGGGACUCGCUUGACAAGCUGCUGGCACACAAAUAUGGCCUGGCAGCGUUCAGAGCUUUCCUGCGCACGGAGUUCAGCGAGGAGAACCUGGAAUUCUGGCUAGCGUGCGAGGAAUACAAGAAGAUCAAGUCGCAGUCCAAGAUGGCGUCAAAAGCCAAGAAAAUCUUUGCAGAAUACAUCGCUAUCCAGUCUUGUAAAGAGGUAAAUCUGGAUUCAUACACUAGAGAUCACACUAAGGACAACCUGCAGAAUGUGACACGCUCCUGCUUUGACCUAGCGCAGCGACGGAUAUACGGGCUGAUGGAGAAGGACUCAUACCCCCGCUUCCUGCGCUCAGAACUCUACUUGGACUUAAUCAACCAAAAAAAGCCCAGCUCCACCUCGACUUCAUCGUCAUCAUAAGAGACGAGAAACAAAAACACAUACGAGGAGAGAAAAAUGCGCAGACUUGAAGAAGAAGAAAAAACGUGGAGUGGGUGGGAUGUGUGCUUCUUUGUUUGCCUUUUUUUUUUUUUUUUGGUGCGCGUGCGCGUGCGUGUCUGUCAUCCCGUUCGCUAUCAUUUCUGUUGUUAUGGUGUGAGAGGACGCCGCAAAAGCUAUGGCACUGCAAAGGAAUGUAGUUUACACAGUUACCAGGCGGAUGGAUGAAUGGAUGGAGUGAGUGGAUGGAUGGGUGUUGCAAAAAGAAAAUGCAGAAGCCCGCGAGGAAGGGCUGGAGCAGCAGGAGCUGGAUGCUUGUCUGAUCACUGUUUUUUUUUUUUUGUCGGUUGUUGUUUCUGGUUAAUGUCAGAAAAAAAAAAAUAGUGUUUUUUUUUUUUGUCCAGUUGUACUGGAGAAAAGGAGGGGUUGCACCCUGCAGACAUGAAGACAGUCCGGUACUGUUUUGUCACUUCUUUCCUUUGUUUCUUUCGAGACUCCCACUUUAAAGCCCCUCCUUUGCUCCUCAGCGUUCUCUGUGAAGCGACUUCAAAGCUGUCGGUACGACACAAAGUCCCUUUUUCUUCGUGCUUUUUCAUCAGACGCCAAACUUUGACGGAAGGGAGGAGCGGGGUGGGGUAGGGGGGAGGGUUGGGGGGGAAACAAGAUGGCGACUGCCGUUGUGGCUCUAUUUCACAUGCAUCUGUUAAGCCCUGCAUCCCCUCAAAGCUUCUAUAAAUGGCUUUCACCGCAUUCAGUUCAAGACUGUGGAAAGAUACUGUGAGCGUUCGACAAAUGCGGAGACAGAGACGGAGCAAAGAAACGCGGAUGUCUGGACGGACUGGAGCUGUGACGGAACACAGAUACGUGUCCCUCUCACGUUAAGAGACAUUCAAAAGCCAGAGGUGGGGAAAAAAAAUAAAAUAAAUAAAGACGACUUGCUACCUGUCUCCAAAGACUGUUUACAACAAGGAAAAUUCAAGAGGAGAAAGAGAAGACUAUUCCGCGCAGCCGACAUUUCCUUUAACAAUUGUAGCUCAUUCUGGACUAAUCGAGGAAGCAUUCUCAGGACAUUGCUUACGACAGGUUACAGCUCUCCACCGUUUCUGUUUUUCUACACACUCUCACUGUUUUUAUAUGCGUUAGGGUUACAACCUGCACUCCCCUUGUCCUACUGAGCAAUACGCGAGAGGUUGCUCGUUCCAUAGUUGGAGGAAGAUGCUUCACGUGUAUAGAUUUUUUGCCUAUUUAUUUAGAUUUAACUUGCUGGAUGCUUCUACAGUCACCCUCACGUCCUCCAAAGCACUCAGCUUAAAAGCUCUCACUUUCCUCUUAACCACCAAACAGGUCCAGUGCUGUCCUGAACUUUAAGUGCAAUAUUUUUUUAUUUUAUUUUAUUAUUAUUACGUUUUUUUGGUUUUGUUCAAUUAUUUGGAUAAUUUAGAAUUUUUAAGACGGGAAGACGGAACAGCUAGAGCUCUGUAUUAACUUUAUUUGUUAAGAGAGAAGAAAAAAAAAUACUUAGAGCUAUAAGGUUGACUUACAACGUUAAAACUUUCAUGAAGCAUAAGUAGUUUAUUGAAUUUUAAGCAAGUGAUUCUAACUGUGUGUUAACCCCCGGCAGCAGGCAGCUGGGGGCCGCGUUACGGUUGUAAAUAUAAUUCUUUAAGAAAACUAUGUGAUAACACAUUAAAAACGGACGGAAAGACAAAAAAAAAAAAAAAAAAAAAGCCAAUAGGUCUCUGCUGGUGAUGACAUGGGACCCAGCUGUAUCUAUGUAAAUAUGAAAGACUCAAACUAUAAGAUGACAUGUAUUGUUAAAAGACAGAACCAUAGGUGAGCAAGAGCAGGUCCAGUCUGCUCCUUUACCUGGUCAUUCAUACACUGCUUGUAAGGAGUUUUUCUGAAAUGCAUUUUAUCAUUUUCACUGUUUACAAUUCAAAAUGCAUCUCCUAUGAUAGCAAGUGAAAACAGUAGAGUACAUUUGGUGUCAUUGCUAAUGAUAAAUAAAACCAACCAACCGAUGAA